AUGCUUGCCGCAGCUGCUCUCACUCGGCGGACGGUCCAGACACGGCCGUGCAGGGCGGUUGGCCUUACGGCGCGUCUUGCUGCGGCGCUGGUGUGCUUUGUGUUGCUCUGUGCUUCAAAUGGAACUCAGUGGAUGGCCGCGCGCAAUGUGCAGAAGCUGUCAGCAACGCUGAAGCAGAUCUUGGCAACCCAGGCCCGUGCCUCAGCUGAUGAGGUCGAGGCGGAGCGGCAUGGAGCCAAGGCAACCGAGGAUGAGGCCGCAGAGGCGCGAGAUGAAGCCGAAGCGGACCGGGAUGAAGUGGCCGCUGAGGCCGACCGUGCGGAGGAGGAUGAGGAGAAGGGCAAGGCUGCUGCGGAGGAGACCAAGGCUGCCGAGGAAGAGGCCGAGGCAGAGACCGAGUCAAGUGAGGUUGCUGCUGAUGAGACGGCAGCCGAUACGGCGCAAGCUGGAGCUGCAGCAGAGGGUGCAAGGGCUGGGGAGGAAGAAGCCGAGGCAGAUGCAGAUGAGGCUGCGGAGGCAGCGCUCACCUUUGUGCCGUUCCUAGACGUCGUUGCAGAUACUGUUGGUACGGCAGCGGCAGUUGGCCUGCAAGCCGCUGCGGCCGCUGACACAGCGGAAGCCGCGGAGCUUGGGAGUGAGAGUGUGGCCGAGCGGGCUGCUGAAGCUGACGCCCAGGCCGCGCUAGUCAAGACAAGAGCCGCUGAGGCAGAAGCAAGCAGCACGGAGGCCCGUGACAGUGCCGCUGCAAAGGAGGCAGAGGAGGCUGCAGAAGGAGAGGAGGCUGAUGAAGCGCGGGCGAAGGCCGAUGAGGCAGCGAAGGAUGAAGAUGCUGCGAAGCAAGAUGCUAGCGCAGCGGCGGAGACUGCAGAUGCGGAGCAAUCGGAAGCCCUUGCAGCUCGCAAGUUCUUGGAGCUUGUGAACUUUGCGAUCCUGGCCGCCUUCUUUGCGCUCCUGAGUCUAGUGCUUGCCAUUGUGCCAGCCUUAUUCUUGCUUGGGAAGUGGGUCGUGUCGGGACUCUCAGGCAUCAAGCGUACUUGCCAACAGGGUUGCGAGCUUGUGUUGGGACCCUGUCGCCGGUCAGCAGCUUCUAUGAGUUGGGCAUCCAGGCCUUCCGUCGACUGCCUGCAUGGCUUCACGUUGGCAUUGAUGGCGUCUGGAUUCCUAUUUCCGGUUGUGGCCUCAGCUGUCAGAAAGCUGGGGCGGGAAGAGCUCCGGCUUGGCAACUUCAAGGAGACCCACAAGAGCCCAGCAGUCUUGCUCCACAACUUCGAAGUCCUGGCACCGACAAUAGAACAUGAGAUUGGCAAGAUCGUCGUGGGUUCCUUCGUUGUCUUCCUUUGGACCAUGCUUUUGGAGGUUGCUUUCAUGCUCGAGCGCUUGCGGCGUACAUCCAUGCCUCUCUCACGUCGCUUCUGCUGGGUGGUGCAAGGAGCAGCGGACAUGGCCUGCGUUACUGGCCUGGCGUCAGCUGCAGGAUCGGUUGUCGUGUUGAGUUGGAGCCGCUCCCUUUGGCUUUUGUUCAGUUCAGCAGACACCCCUCGUUGCUCUUCCAUUUCCCUUGUCUUGGAGCUCAGCAUCGUUGCCGCUCUCCUUGUGGAGAUUGCGUGCCGCUGUCAGUGGGCCCCGCCUUGUGAGGAGAUGCCCCGUGAGCCCCGUGAGCAGGAACGUGGAAAAGCUCCUGGAAUCAUGGGGUUCCUGAAGUUCCUGAUGGGGUUCCUAGCUGACUCGGCCUUGGUUCUGCUGCAAGGCGCGGUCAGUGCGGUGGAAGGUGCCAUGACCCUGAGUUCAGGCUGGAUGCUGUGCUCGCUAGUGAUGUUUGCCGUGUGUGUGUGGAAGCUGGCUCUACCUUAUGCGCUGCCAAGAGUCAAGGCUGUCGUGUCACAACAAUGGCGUUGGCUUCUUUCCGCCAUCGUGUUGUUGGAGCUUGUUGAUUUGGCCUACAUCAUCAUCCGUCUCCGUCUCUGGCAUCGCCGUGGAGUCCGUGGAGAUCGCCAAGGCCGCCAAGGUGCUCGUGAAGCUCUACUGCCUGAGUAG